AUGGGAAAUACCAUGGGCGCCCGGAAGUAUUGGGUGGACUGGUAUCCCGUGCAGGAACGAAUCUUGAACGGAGCGGACCCGAAUACAGCCUUGAUUGUGGAUGUCGGCGCAGGCAAAGGCCAUGAUUUGAUCGCGGUUCAGGAAAGAUUCCCAAACACGGGGCAGCUAGUGUUGGAGGAUUUAGAAGCUGUUACUGAUACCUUGGACCUAGAUCCGACGAUUCAAAAGGUUCCGUAUGAUUUCUUCACGGAGCAGCCUGUUCCUGGUAAGUCCUUGGGACUCCCUGUAUGGAUGUACAGGCCUAACUAG